UAAACGUGAUGGUUAGGGAAUUUUAAUUAUACCACUUGUGAAAAUCUCCGUUGAUUACCUUAUUUCGAGUCUUUCACCUUUGGCCAGGUCAACAUUCAUUGAACUUAUCAAGGAGCGGCGAUAUAAAUUUUUAGAUGUUAUUUCGUAUAGAAAUCUCAAACUUAAAUUGGACAACCACGAGCUCAGUUAUGCUCUAUAUAACAGGCUUAACAUUCCUUUUUUACCAUAUAAAUGCAGCAAAUGUCAUACUGAUGAUUACAAUAUGGCGCUUCAUCCUUUACAUUGCAAUCAUAAUCCCGGUCGACAAAUUCGGCACUCGAGGUUCGAUCUCUUACAAUUAGGUCAGCUGGUUUUCCUACCUUAUUGGAGCCUUCUGGUCUCUUCUCAUAUGGUAUGCGUCCGAUGGAGUUUCACGAAUUCCAUGGUUACAAGGAAAGUUUCUACAUGGGAUCAUGAUUGAAGGUAUUCUAUUAAGAAGAGGAACAUUACUAUUUUCCGAAGAAGUGUACGCUGCAACUCUUUUAAAUAAUUGUAGAAGUACUCUUUGCUCUUAUUGUUUCACAAAGAACAAGCUUUUUUAUUGCAUGGGCUGUAGAUUACAUAGAUACUGUAACAAGGAAUGCCAAGCAAAGGAUUGGAUUGAUCAUAAAAAUGAAUGUAAAAUAUUUAGAAGAAUACCUAUGGAAGAUCGCGUCCAAUUUGAUUACCAUAUUCACCUCAUAAUUCGCAUAAUUUUCAAGCUUGAACGCGAAUCAACUAAGAACCCAGAAAAAUUGAUAUCUUAUUGCAAUGAAAAAAUUAAAUUGAACAAAUACAAGUUCAUGGAUUUAAAGGAGCACUUUCUUGAGGAAAUGAAGAUUUCCGGUUCCAAAAUAACUUCUCUUCUUGAAUUAAUCAAAGAUUCAUUGCCCAAGGCAAUAUUGGAUAAAUAUGAGUACACAAUGCCCCAUAUAUGGUGCAAGAUUACGACUAAUUCAUUUUAUAUCAGGGACGAACACCGGCAAGAAAUAGGUGUCGGAAUUUUCCUCAAUUCUUCAAAGUAUAAUCAUAACUGUGUCCCAAACGGAAUUAUUAUAUCUAACGGAAGGACGCAACACUUGGUUUUGAUUGAAGAUCUUUACUUGCCCAAUGCAAAUGACCUGGAAAAAUAUGUGCGUAUUUCAUACAGGAAUCCGUUAGCCACAACCUAUGCUAGACAACUUAUCUUUAAAAACACUUACAAUUUUACCUGUGAUUGCUCAUUGUGUUGCCCAGAUAAGACCCAAAAUCAAUCAUCUAAUAGCAUGGAGGACGAAUUUAUAAUAGAUAUAACAGAUGAAUGUCUACCAAAAUAUGACUUUCAAGAAUCUAAUUCUGAUCUCGAACAAUUACAAUCUUAUCAAGAACUCUAUUUUAAUGGAUAUCUAACUAAGAAGAUUCUAUCUUUUGGUCAGAAGUCGAAUGCUAUAUCAUUUCCGGUUUCAAUGAAUAUAGUUUACAACACCAUCUUGCAGAAACAAUUAGAGGCUAAUAUGAUAGUUGUGCGACAAAAUAUUACAAAACCUGACGGAGAGGCAAUGAUCAACUUCAAAAUAACGUAUGAAAUGUGCAGAGCUUUGGAAAAUGGACAUAUUUUGAAGAAAAAUUAUGGUAAAUAUAGUGUCUAUUUAGCUAUUCAUUGGUAUAGGAUGGCUGUAUUGUCGAAAGUAUUAGAUUACAAUCCCGACCUAAUCAUUUACAAAAAUAAAUGUUUAGAGAUUUUGGAUGCCGCCUAUCCUUUGACUCAAUUAAAUGAACCUAUGAUCAAUAGAUCUAUUAUUGGUACUAUGAGGAAAUUUUAUUUGCCUGAAAUCUAUCCCAAAUAA